CCGAAAAAGCUCAUUCAUUUUCAGUUCAUUCAUAUCAUUCGUGUUGAAAUCUUGAUUCCGUCGAUUUGUGCGGUUCUUCUUAUAAUACAAAAAAAAACCAACUAUAAUCUGCAAGUUCUUCUUAUUAGAAAAAAGAAAGACCUCCACUGUCUACUCUACUUUAGAACAAGCCACUUUGUGUAAGCGUCCCAACUACAAGUGCAAUAAACCCAAGUGGCAGAGUGUCUAUUAUAUUAUUUAUGUGCGUCUUUGGUGCCUUGGAUUUGGCUUUCUAUUCCUAGAUUGUGCAAACCUUGAACUUUGUGCAAAAAAGUGCAAAUAUAUUUUUUAUUUCUUUUUUUUUGUGUUGUUUGAGUGACCCUCCAAGAGCAAAAAAAAAAGUUGUAUACUUUCCUAAUUAAUAAUAAAUCAAGCUAAGAAGUUGUACAUCAUAACUAUAUUAUAAUGGCACAAGGUGGUACAGCAGCAGUUGACCUUGCAGGUGCAGCAGCCGUUGUGGAUCGUGCUGGUGCAAGUGCAGCAGCAGAUCAUCCUCAUGUUCACUUUGACACAGCCAGCCUAAAAGAAGACUUUGAAUCGGACAGCAGUGUUACAUAUAAACGUUCCGGUGACACUAUAGUCGUCAGUUUGGGUUUCCUUCAAAUCAAUCACAGAUAUUCGAUAGAUUUAAAAUUGCCUGCAACGAUAUUUGGACAAAUUGAUUCUGAUUGUCCAACAUUAGCACAGUUUGUACCUGAAGUCAGUACGGUUCCUAAUCUCAAUUGCAGAAUAACAGAAUUCUCAGGUGUCAAAGAUGAUGAGCACGAUUUCUUCGAGAUGAAAGUUGAAUUUUUUGCUUACAAAGAAAAACUUUUACGAGAAACAUUGACCAUUCAAAAUGCAAAGAAUUCCAUGGAGAUAUUUAAGCUAUUGAUAGCUGCUCGAGUGCUGGGCAAGGGGAAGGGAACACCAAUGCUAAGGACUGGUAUCCAUUGCAUAGGAUCGGAAAAAGAUGAUGAUGAAUCGGAGGCGUCUGAUUUUUCCGGCUUUGGAAAAGGCACAUAAAUAUUUAUUUAAUUUAAUUAAUCAUUCUUUUUUUCAUUACUUGAUUUGACUUGAAUAGUUUUUUUUUGUUUGUUUUUUUUUUUGUAUUUUUCUUGUAAAAAUGUUGCAUUUACAUUUUCUUGUACUUAUAUUUUCUAAGAAUUAAGCUCUAAAGUGACAAAGUUGUAUAAUGCUAAAGUAAAUGAUCGAUUUAUUAUAUAAUUGCUGUAGAAUAUAAAUUUAAAUAUAAAAUUAAAUAAUAUUUCUAUUCACCGUGCUAAAUAAAACAAGGAAACAGAUAUCAUGGUCAAUUAAAAUCAAAACACACAUUUUGUUUUGUGGAAAAGAAAAAUUGUUUCUUUAACAUUUUCCCUUAAUUCGUUUUGUGUCAUCAAAAAGAGUUUUCAGUAUUUUUAAUAAAGUUUUAUUUUUUCCUGAA